AUGGUGUCAACAUGGAACAAACUCAAUGUCACUUACGGCAGGAUUGAGGCAUCGAUGAAGCUACCAAUUGCAAAGGGCAUGUGGCCGUCAUUCUGGAUGAUGCCUUUGGAGGAAGGUGAAUGCUAUCUGAGUGCUGGUGAGAUAGACAUCAUCGAGUCAAUCAACGAUGAUAUGAACUCCUACGCUACAUUCCAUCACAACAACAACUCUCAAUGUGAACGCAAAUACCUCGUCAGUCAAUUCAAUGGUACCUCCGUGCCAACAAUGAACACUGAGUUCCACAUCUACUCUGUUAUCUGGGAACCUGACUGGAUGGUCUUCAUGGUUGACAAUGUGAUAUUCAAUGUUGUAAACAGUACCUAUCCACAUCUACCUAUUCCUCAGACUGGUCAACCAUUCUAUAUCAUCCUAAACACUGCUAUUGGAGGAGGUUGGUCUGGUUCACCGAAUGAGACUACAACAUGGCCUCAAUACAACUACAUUGAUUAUUCAAUCAACGACCUCGCCCUCUACAACUACGUCGUCCACUACUACCUCCAACACCCAAUCCACGACCACAACAACAAUGUCAACUACCACUGGCAAACCAUCUAG